AGAGAGAGAGAGGGAACAAUACAGAGACGAAACAUGAUAAAGUGACAAAGCAAGAUAUAGCGACAGAAAGUGACACAGACUCAAAACAUGAUGACCAGACAGAACCAAAUAAUGAAGCAAAGCAUGAUAAACAGAUGGAACACGAUAAAGAACCAAAGCAUGAUGAACAGAGAGAAGUCGAGACAGAGUCAAAUCAUGAUAAAGAGUCACAUACUGACGAAGAGCAAAAGCACGAUGAACAGAUAGUACGCGAUAUAGAACCAAAGCACGAUGAACAGAAAGAAAUUGAUAAAGAGCAAAAGCAUUAUGAACAGACAGAACGCGAUAAAGAAUCAAAGCAUGAUGAACAGACAGAAGCCAACACAGAGUCAAAUCAUGAUAAAACAGAAAAUGAUAAAGAGCAAAAGCAUUAUAAACAGGCAGAGGACGACACGGAUCCAAAAGAGACAGAAUGUGAAACAAAGUCUUUCAUAACUCUGCUUGAGGAGGAAUUGGAAGAAAGAAAGUUAAAAUUACGAUUUGGAAAUAAAGAUGACGUUGUUUUGGAUGUUUUGGAUUUUGCUGGUCAAGGAGAAUACUACGCCUCUCAUCAGACAUAUAUUCGUAAGGAUGCUAUAUUCAUUCUGUUGGUAGAUACAUCUAAAGACGUCAAUAAAAGAACAGAACAACAAGAAAGAAAAGGGAAUUUAAGUAUUCAGAAGACAGUUGACAAAAAGAUUUUUCUUUGCGAUAGACCUGGAGUUGCUUUUCACUGUUGGAGCCCCAAAGAUUAUUUUUACUACUGGUUGAAAACUAUUCAAAUCCAUGGGGGUAUGAGUGAACGUAUAAUUUUUGUUGGAACUCAUGAAGACAAAAAAAGGGAUGAUUUCGACUUUGGCCAUCUACUAAACGAUGCUAUUACUGAGAAUCUCAUCACAGAAAAAUAUUCCAAACCUAUCAUUACAAAUCUUUGUAGAUAUGAUGAAGUAACUGAGGACGCUUUAUCUAAAAUAAAAAAUGAAAUCUGUAUACACAUCAAAAAAUGCACAAGGGAGAAUCAGCCUGCAAAAUGGGUAAAAUUUGCAAGUCGGUUUGAUAUGAUCAAGAGAAAAUUCCAUAUGGGUACAAUUGAAGACGUUUUGCAGAUGAUUGAUCAUUUCGACCCUGAAAUGAGUGAUACAGAAGUAGCAGAUAUGCUCCAUUUCUUCCACAGCUCUGGAAAAAUCAUUUUCUUCAAUAUAGAUAGAUUACAAGAUAUUGUAAUUCUUGAUAUUCCGUGGUUUAUUAACUGUUUCAAGCAUAUAAUUGCUGAUCGCAAGCACGUGGAAGAAGACUGUAGCAUUGUUGAUGUUAAAGACCAAAAAAUGUUGCGCAUUUUUCAUGAAAAAGGUAUAUUAGAGAUUUGUCUUUACAGGAAAUUAUUGACACAGAAAAGCAUUUCAGAACAGUAUCAGAACACUUUAGGUGAAUAUCAGAGUAAGCUUGGCAUGAUGUUCUACAUUCAGAAUUACAAAAUCAAUGAUGGAUCGAGCAUAGACGGUGGGUAUAUUCCGAGCAUAAACACCCAGGAAUUCAAACCCAUCAUUGAGAGGUAUGGAAGCGACGAAUCAUCACAGAUCCUUUGCAUUAAGUUCAAAGACUAUCUGCCAUAUGAUUUCUUUGGCAGAUUAGUAGUAGCUUGUGUGAACUCAGGACAUUGGCAUCCAUACGAUUACCGGUUGUGCAAAAAUGGGGCAGAUAUGUGUUAUCGUGAUUCAAACAAUGAUAGCAAACAAAUAUACCUUUUUACCUCAAGAAAGAUCGUUACUGCUCAAUUUAUUGGAAAACAUUCUAAAAAACAUGGACUCGAAGUCAAGCAAGAAAUCCUUAACAUUGUUAGGCAACUUGUUCAGUUUUACGCACGUUCUAAUGAAUAUGAGAUAGGGUUCCUUUGUAGAAAAAAAGAGGGUUAUAUGGAAGACUCAGUAAAUCACUUUGUGUCAAAAAGAUACAAGUACUGUCAGGGAUGUCAUGGAACUUGUGACUGGGUAGAUACCGAAUCGUUUUGGAAAGAGGAAAGUAACACAGAAAACACAAUUUCGACAAGAAAGCUUGUACCUUCACAGAUUGCCUACAAAGUUUACUCUCAUUUUGUCACACGAGUUUCUGAGAUAGCAGCUACAACUACAAUACUACAGGGCAUCAGUAGCAAUUUAGAUUGGGCAUGGAUAGACGAUCUAGCAUUUAUUGGGCGAGAAUUGAACGACCUCCAUAGAAAAAGUGAUGCUGAUGCUGAAAAGAAAGAUACUGCUUUAAGAAACAUUAGCAAAGUCCUCAAAAAAAUUUCGUGUGGUCUAGAUAAGAAAACAGGUUUUAAAGACUUUAGAAAGGAAAUCUUCUUUCUCUGGACACAAACCACUGGCCUUUUUGAGGAAAUUCAAGGAAUCCCUGUGGUGUCUUUGAAACAAAAAGAAAAACACGGUACUGAAAUAUCAUUAGAAGCAGAAACAGAUGUCCCGAUCCGCCAUCAUCUUUGGUUAAAAAAAAUACAGAGUAAUAGGCAAUACAAAGUUUUACGUCCUAGUGAUGAAGAAGGAGAAAAGUACAAAUUUCAGGAGUACAAAGACAAACUAUUGAUGACGAUUAAGAACUUUGAUGUACAGGAUAAUGGACACUACUUUGUUUUAGUUGUAACUGAAACGGGUGCUUCUGUUUGUAGAGAAACUAUUCAACCGUUUGCAGGUAAGAUAGAAAUAGUAUCUACCAUUUACUUAAUCUUGAAACUUUUUAAUUAAAAUAUAUUAAUUACCAGGCAUGACUUGAUGACCUUCCUGGUACAAUUCGUUAUAAAUGCAAACACAACCUUUUACGUUU